AGCCGUUCGGUAUUAUUAAAGUUUUCCAAUUGACAAUUCUCGAGUAUGACUGUCUCUUACACCGCUGAGGUGGCAACAUGCAGCCAUUUCGGCUGCUUCUGGAAGCUUUUGAUGAGAUGGCGCGCAAGUAUCUACAAGAUAAUAUGGGUGGAUCUUCUGGCAUUCCUGUCCUGCUUCUACUUCAUGGCUGUAAUAUAUCGCUAUGCUCUCAGGGACGUCGAUAAGCCUGUUUUCGAGGACAUUGUGAUGUACUGUCAUAGCUAUAGCAACCUGAUUCCGCUCUCUUUCGUACUGGGAUUUUAUGUGGGCAUUAUCAUAGAACGCUGGUGGAAUCAAUAUAUCACAGUUCCUUGGCCCGAUCCGCUGGCGGUUUAUGUGAGUGCCUUGGUCCGUGGCCAAGAUGAACAUGGUCGUCUGAUGAGACGCACGAUUAUGAGAUAUGUGUGCUUGGCAUUGACUAUGGUGCUCUCGAUGAUAUCGCCAGUUAUAAAGCGUCGCUUUCCAACCUACGAUCAGUUAAUUGAGGUGGGUUUGCUAAACGCCAACGAGGCAAAUAUUAUGAAGGCAAUGGAUGUGAAGUUUCCAAAGCACCCAAAGUAUUGGAUGCCCAUUGUCUGGGCCGCCAGUAUUGUAACAAGGGCUCGAAAGGAAGGUCGAAUUUGGGAUGACUUCUCCCUGAAGUCCAUGAUAGAUGAGCUCAAUAAAUUCCGAGCUGGAUGCAAUAUGCUCAUCCAUUACGAUACAAUCUCAGUGCCACUGGUCUAUACACAGGUCGUCACCCUGGCCGUCUACUCGUACUUUGUGGCCUCGAUAUUUGGUCACCAGUGGAUCGAUCGGGAUAUUAAGCACUACAAUAAUAUUGUUAGUUACUACUUUCCGUUGUUCAGCACUCUGGAGUUUUUCUUCUUCAUGGGCUGGCUUAAGGUGGCCGAGACAUUGAUUUGUCCUUUUGGCGAUGACGACGAUGACUUUGAACUGAACUGGCUGAUCGAUCGCAACUUGCAAGUGAGUUACUUGAUCGUUGAUGAAAUGCACAAUGAUCAUCCGCAGUUGGUGAGGGAUCAGUAUUGGGAUGAGGUGUUUCCCGCUGAGUUGCCAUAUGCCGUGGAGUCCGAUAGGGCCGAACAUCCGGAGGCAUCAACCGCUCGAUUGGGCAUACCAAAAGUUGUCCCCGUGACCAUGACGAAAAGCGAAGUCAGUUUGGAAAACGAUUUUACAGAGUUCGACGAUGAGGAUGAAUACAACCCGGAAGUAACUAUACGAUUUGCCCGCCGGGAGUUCAGUUGGAGCAAAAGUUCAGUAUCGGUAUCGUACUCCUAUGACAACCAGAGUAUUGAUACCCUUGACGAGAAGGUUGAUGAAGAGAACGAGGGAGAUACAAGGACUCUAGAUUCCAGAAACAAGGACGACUUUGACCGUCUAAAGGAGAAGCGGGACAGGGAGCGUGUGAACCGGCAGAUGCAACAAGCCGCCCUCGCCAUGGAGUUGAUUAAAGGGGAUCUGGCUUCGAAUGGAGGAUCAGCUCGAUCAAGUCGUACUAAUGUCCCGCAAAAAAAUUCUGAUGUCCAGACCGACAGAAGCUACUUAAGUCAGAAAAAGAGAAAGGAGGAGGACACGGACAAUGAUAAGGACAGUGACGAAUCUAAGAAAUAACGAAUGAAUCCUUAAAAUGUACAGAAACAAAUUGUGAUUUU